CGGGGUAGGGGGAGAGAGGAUUGACGUGGGAGGAGGAGGAGGGGGGGGACGGGGGGGGAGGUAGCAGCAGUGACGACGACGGAGAAGGAGGAGGAGGAUUUGGCGAGCAAGGUAGCUGAGGGGUUGGGUGGGCUGUGUGCGGGUGGGGGGUGGAGGAGGAAAGGGGGCGGUGGUGCACGGGCAGAUUCGAGGAACCAGGGUUUGCGCAACGGGACGAAGUCGUCGACAACUUUCUAUUAAAAGGCCGCCGCUCUCGGCGGAUUCCCGGCACACGGCCCGGCUCCUGACUCCGGCUCCUGACUCCGGCUCCUGACUCUGGCUGCUGACUCCUCCGGCUCCGGCUCCUGACUCCGGCUGCUGACUCCUCCGGCUCCGGCUCCUGACUCCGGCUCCUGACUCCGGCUCUGGCUCCUGACUCCGGCUCCUGACUCCGGCUCCGGCUCCUGACUCCAGCUCCGGCUCCUGACUCCGGCUCCGGCUCCGGCUCGUGUUGUUUCAAUGUUUUUUUUGUCUCCAACGACAAUCUCGCAAUAGGCUUUUAUUUCCCACGCGCCCGUCAAUUGUUUACCGUUAGCAUUGUUGUCGUCGCCCGGGAGCACGACGACGACAAAGCGUACGCGUCGACAUGGAUGACGAAUCUCCGUCUCGUCCGUCGGCCCUCCUGUGAAACAAAAUAAAAACACAAGCGGCGGAGUUCCACAUCGACCCGGACAGCCGAAUCCGCGGCCAGGAUCCACGCGGGGCCUUCCCCCUCGGCCACCGCCGGCGCCUGGCACGACCUCCGCCGACCUCCGACGACCUCCACUGCCGCCACCGGCCGGCCGCGACUUUGCGACCCCCGAUCCCGUCAGCUCCCCCCCCCACCCCCCUCCACCACUCCCUCACCUGCCGGAUGGGACGAGGCCCCCGCUUCCCCCGCCAAUGACUUGCCUGGAGGAGAGCCGGCCCCAGCUGCCCCACCGCCCCGCGGCGGCGGCGGCACCGUCGUCGUGCAAGCGCGAGCCGCAGCGGGGCCCGGCGGCCACCGCCGCCAGCACCACGACGCCCGUGCCAGCGGCGGCGAUGCGCCACCUCCAGCUGUCAGGCUGGUACUGGGGCUCCCUGACGGCGAGUGACGCGCGGCAGAUGCUGCGCCAGAGUGCGGAGGGCACGUUCCUGGUGCGCGACUCAACGCACCCAGACUACCUGUUCACGCUGUCGGUGAAGACCAGCCGGGGCCCCACCAACGUGCGCAUCGAGUGCGCCGGCGGCAAGUUCAGCCUCGACUCGGCCUUCGUGGUGCGCCCCAAAGUGCUGCAGUUCGACGACGUCGUGGGCCUCGUGCAGUUCUACGUGGGCGCCAGCCAGCUGGAGGCCGAUGCGCACGGCGCCGCCGCCGAUGCCGCCGCCGGCGCCGCUAGCGCUGGCGGCGGCGGUGCUUCUCACCGCGUUGGUGUCGCCGCAGCCGUCGUCAACAGCGUCGGCGCCGGCGCCGGUUCUGCAAGCGUCGUCGCUGCUGCCACGGCCGCCGCCGGCGCCGUUAAUAAUGUGGGUGGUGGCGGCGCUAUUACCGGCAGUGGUGCCGCCGCGGCCGCCGCCGAUAACGCCGCUACCUCGGCCGUGGACGACGGCGCCCACGGGCAGGACGGUGCCGAUGGGCCGGCGCUCCGACCGCAGCAGCCGGCGGCGACAACGGCGCCAGCGGCGGCGCGGCCGCAGCGACCGACAUUGCCGCAGGAAGCGGAGCCGGAUGAUGACGCGAUUGCGCCGACCCCGCUGGCGCCACCACCACCACCACCACCACCACAACAACAACCACAACAACAACAACCGCUGCUCCCACCGCAGCCGCCGCCGCCCCCUCCCCUGCCGCCGCUGGCGGCGCCGGACAUCGCGUUACCGCCGGAAGACGGCGCCGCCGCCGCAGUCGCGGCAGCGCCGGCUCGUGCCGCCACCGCGGCGGCGGCGGCGUCGGUGCAGCUGAAGCUGACGCGGCCGUACUACAGCUCGGCGCCCACGCUGCAGCACCUGAGCCGCACCGUCAUCAACCGCAACGCGCGCACCGUCGCCGAGCUGCCCCUGCCCGGGCGCCUCAAGGAGUACCUGGACGAGUAUCCCUACCGGCUCUAGCGCGCGGCCCGCGCUUGGGGUCCCGAGGGUCGGUCGGCCGGCGGGGGUGGGACGGGAGAUUGUGGGCCGGGCGAGGUGGGCAGGGGGCGCGGGGUUUGGCCACCGCCACCGCCGGCUUCGUCGUGCGCCGGUUGGCGGAGGGAGCGACGCGUGGGGCCUGCGUGCGCGCCGCACUCGCGCACUGCGGUCACACCACAUGCACCGCACUCACACCACACACGCACCGCACACACUACACUGAUCACACUCACACCACAUUCACACCACACGCACCACACUCACCGCACUCACACACACCACUCACACACACCACUCACACACACCACUCACACACCACACUCACACACCACUCACUCAACACUCACUCACCACUCACACACACACACCACUCACACACACUACUCACUCACCACUCACACUCACCAUUCACACACCACUCACACACCACUCACACAACACACACACACCACUCACACACACCACACACACACACACUACUCACACACCACUCACACACACACCCCACUCACACACACCACUCACACACAUCACACACCACACACACACACAGACCGCACACGCUCCCCUCUCUCACGCACGCAGCCUCCCACCGCAGGUCACCAUCCCUCGUCGCAGCCGUGGCCGAGAAUGCAAGCAGGGCGAUAAUUCCAUCCGCCCGAUUAAAACCACACGGGAAGCAGAGGAGACGCCAAGCGGUUGCUGGUGGUGGGGGAGGAGGUGGUGGGGGCGACGAGGGGGGUGGUGGUGAAACAGAGAAGACGAUGAGGAGGCAGGAGGAGGAGGAGGAGAAGGAGUCUCGUUCCCUGCGGCUCCACAACUCCGAUGCCGAGUUUAGUGGUUUUACGGGGGGGGGGGGGGGGGGGUGAGUGG